AUGAAGACGCAGAACAUCAGGACCCUGUCUCUCAUCCUCUCCAUUAUUUUCUACCUGCUCAUAGGAGCCGCCGUCUUCGACGCACUGGAGUCCGAAAGUGAAACUUCGAGGAAAAAGACGCUGGAGCAGAGGCUGAACGAGCUGAAGAAAAAGUACGGCUUCACCGAGGAUGACUACAGGGAGAUUGAGAGAGUGGUCCUUCUGUCGGAGCCGCACCGAGCCGGCAGGCAGUGGAAGUUCACCGGCUCGUUUUAUUUUGCCAUCACUGUGAUCACCACGAUUGGUUAUGGCCACGUUGCUCCUCGAACUGAUGCUGGCAAGGCCUUCUGUAUGUUUUACGCAGUCUUGGGGAUUCCUUUGACGCUGGUCAUGUUCCAGAGCCUGGGCGAGAGGAUCAACACUUCUGUCCGCUACCUGCUGCGAAGAGCCAAGCAGGGCCUGGGCUUUCAGAAGACGGAGGUGUCCAUGGGGAAUAUGGUCCUGGUGGGUCUGCUGUCUUGCAUGAGCACUCUGUGCAUCGGAGCUGCAGCCUUCUCCCAUUUUGAGGACUGGACCUUCUUCAACGCCUACUACUACUGCUUCAUCACACUCACCACCAUCGGCUUUGGGGAUUUUGUAGCCCUGCAGAAGAAAGAUGCUCUCCAGAAGCGACCCCCCUAUGUGGCCUUCAGCUUUAUGUACAUUUUGGUCGGGCUGACAGUGAUUGGGGCUUUUCUUAACCUGGUGGUCCUGAGGUUCCUCACUGUAAGCUCAGAUGAGCCCGACGUGAGGCUUGAGGAUGGGGAGGUGUCACACGCUGAAGCAGAAGCUGCUGAAGUGGCAUAUAAAGACAGAGAAGAUGGACACAGCAGCCAGUGCAACCUGAGCCUGCCCAUGGAGGGGGGCACUAGCUGUACGAACCUCCUCCCUUCACCUGCAGAGGAUCGCAGGCUUAUUAUAUCCGAACAGAGAGAGCACUCUAAGCUCCCUGAACCCAGCAGACUCAGAGCCUUGUUCUCCUGCAUCUGCUGUGGCCUGGACAUUUACGACAGCCACCCUCCAUCUCACCAUGAGCAGGAGCGCGGCCACAGCAACCCCGUCUUCUACAACUCCAUCUCCUACAGGGUGGACCAGGCCUCAUGCAGCUCCUGCACCGUGUCGUCACAGGACUCCCCCACCAGCAUAGCACUCUGCCUGGGCAAGAACAAUCCUCACAGCAGGAGGAAGUCACUCUGA